CCCGACGUUGCUAGACCCGCCAGCACACUGUCAACGUCAACCACACGAGCAAACAGUUCACCAGCCACAUCAUCAUGGGCACCACCAAGGCUCCGGAUAGACGGAAGUUUGCAGUCAUCUUCGUUCUCGGAGCUCCCGGCUCGGGGAAAGGCACGAUCUGCACCCAUCUGUCCCACAAAAAUGGCCUGUUACACUUCUCAGUGGGAGAUAAUCUGCGCACCUGGAUGAAGGAUGAAGGGAACCGCCAGACGCCUCUCGCCGCUACGAUUCAAGAUAAGCUAGACAACCAAGGAUUCCUCACGUCCACGGAGUUGAACCCAUUCCUGGGCAUUGCCAUCGAGGAUGCAAUGCGGCAUGAUGAUUUGAAUGGGAUCUUCAUCGACGGAUUCCCGAGAUGCGAGGAGCGGCUUGCGUCGUGGGCGCAGUGGCCCUUCCAAGAACGCCUUCCGUUGGAGGGUCACCCAAAACCCGACAUCGUCUUAUUACUCAAUGUGACGAAGGAGAACGCAGAAUCGAGAUAUCUCGCGCGCGGCCGCGACAAGAACGACAGCGGGGAGAAGUUCACGAAGCGGUUCGCAGAGUAUCUGGAGGAAGGACCGCCUGUAGAACGACACUACCGCCAAGCAGGAUUGCUAGUCGAUAUCGACAGCAAUGGCACCAAGGAAGAGAAUAUCGCAGGGGUAGAGAAGACACUGGGAGACAGCGCAUUGUGGAACCGUGUGGUAGGCCAGGGUACGGAGUCGGUUUUUCUCGUAUCCCACCGGUGACCGAGUGUUGUAUGACACCCGAUACUAUGUGUACACCGACCUCCUCGAGAAGACCAUGUCGAUACAAGGCAGUUUCCAACUUUGUCUCACUUGCUGCUACAUCCGCCAACCGCAGACGCUGACCUUUUUCUGUUGCAUCUACCCGAAGUCGGCUAGCGAAUCCAGCAUAGCUCACCAUCACCGGACUACUCCUCAUCUUCGUGGUAUGAUGCCAACAAGAAGGAGCCUAGCCUCCGCAGGAAGUGCCAGGAGCAAUGACACCUUCAUACGGAGUCUUUGUCACCCUUCAACAAAGCUAAGUACAUGGAUUACUAGAACGUUUGAAACCUGAUGAAAGAUCUUCUUACACGCUUGUUGAUAGAACGUAGACAACACUUGCUAAAUUGCUCGGCCCUCAGACACGUUUCCAGCUCUGGGUGAGGUAAUAUAUACGACCUUAUGUAGAUGGAUCUUUUGCAUUGGGUAUAAUAUGAACUCUUCUCAAGUGAUAAUUGGUC